CCUGUGGUGGUGUGAAAGAAGCUGAAAGAGGAAUUAUUUCAAGUCCAAACUACCCACACCCUUACAAUAGUUCUAGUCAUUGUUCCUGGCUCUUGAUAGCACCAGAGGGACAUACCAUCAAUCUUACUUUUGUUGCCUUCAAGAUGGAAGCACAAAGAAAUUGCAUGAGGACCUCAGUCACCAUCCUGAAUGGUGGAUCUCCUACUUCCCCUGUCAUAGGACAAUAUUGUGGAACUAAAUCCCCAGGCACCAUUCAGUCUGGUUCAAAUAAGAUGUUAAUACAUUUCCAUUCUAGCCGCUCUAGGCAAGGAGAUGGUUUCAAUGCCACAUGGACUGCAGAUUCUUUAGGAUGUGGUGGCAUACUUCAUAUAGAAAAUGGUACUAUAAAUUCUCCACAUUGGCCACAAAACUUCCCCAAUAAUAUUAGGUGCUUAUGGACAAUAAUUACCCAUGACAGCAAACACUUUGAGAUAACCUUUGAUCAGAAUUUCCAGAUUCCAGAUAAUAAUGGACAUUGCCAGGACAGUUAUGUGAAGGUAUUAAGAGGAAGGGAUAAAGAACAGGAAGACGCCAUAUUAGCUGUUGGGUGUGGAAACUCAGCUCCAGGGCCUAUAGUUGCUCCAGGAAAUGUGAUGACCAUAGUGUUUCAGUCACAAGGCAUUUCCGGACGUGGCUUUUCUGUAUCGUUUAUAAGCAGUUGUGGGGCAAAUCUGACGGCAUCAUCUGGUCGCAUUGUUUCUCCUAAUUUCCCUGGCCAGUAUGACAACAACUUGAACUGCAAUUAUUUUAUAGAGGCAGAAUCCCAGGAUGUUGUAAUCCUAAACUUUGAAAAUUUUGAUCUGCAGUCUCACAAUGCUUUUGAAUUUUGUGCUUUUGAUGGAGUGAAGAUCUUCAAAGGGAGCGCAGUUAAUCAAUAUCCUGUUGAGACACUUUGUGGAAAUGAAAUCCCUAAUCCUAUCAGCAUCGUUGGAUCUGCCCUGCUGAAUUUCUACACAGACUCCCAUACUGUCGGCACUGGAUUUUUGGUCACCUAUAGAGUAAUCUCUUGUGGUGGUGCUUUUAAUGUCUCCAGGGGCAAAAUCAAGAGCCCUACACAUUCAUUCACCGAGUAUCAUCACAAUAUGAACUGUUCAUACUACAUAACUGUUGGAAAUAACAAAAUAGUGGCACUCAAAUUCAACAGCUUUCACCUUGAGGUCUCUUCAUCUUGUCUCAAAGACUACGUUGCAGUGUAUGAUGGGCCAAGCAUUGCUUCUCCACUACUUGGGAAAUUCUGUGGUACAAUCCUUCCUUCUCCAAUCAAGAGUUCCUCAAACAGCUUGCUCCUAGUAUUUAGAACAGAUGCCUUUGGAGCUGCCAAUGGAUGGGAAGCAUCUUUCAGAGAGACAAUAGGUCCUCAGCAAGGGUGCGGUGGUUACUUGACCCAUGCAAGUCAUAACUUUGGCUCUCCAGAUUCCAACAAGGAUGGGAAAUACGAUAAAAAUGUAGAAUGUGUGUGGGUUUUAGUUGCACCUAUAAACAAGCUGAUCAAUCUCACCUUUGACACUUUUGAACUAGAAGCAGCAGCAUCUUUUCAAAAUUGCCAAUAUGAUUAUGUCAAGCUAUAUGAUGGUAGUAAUGAAGAUGCCACUUUAGUUGGAACAUUCUGUGGCUCCAGUCGUCCACCUUAUUUUCUUUCUACUGACAACUUCUUGACUGUUAAGUUUGUCACUGAUACAUCUUUAGAAAGAGCAGGUUUCACUGCUACCCACACUACUGUCGAUAGAUUGUGUGGGGGUAUCUAUAAUGCCACUGCUGCCAUACAAACAGUAUCAUCACCCUAUUUUCCAAAUGUAUAUCCACCAUUUACAUUCUGCAAAUGGGUAAUUGAUGCCCCUCCUGAGCAACAGGUCAAGCUAGUAGUCCUGAAAUUCCACCUUCAGCCCAGCCAAGAUUGCUCUCAGAAUUACCUAGAGUUCCAGGACUCGCCACUGGGUGGUCAAGGACAUGCUGAUCGUGUCCACCGGUUCUGCGGUUCUGAGAACUUUACAGUCCUGGAUUUUUAUUCAUACAGGCGAACUGCCAUUGUAAUUUUUAGAUCAGAUACUUAUAUGAUUAAUAAUGGACUCCACUUCUCCUAUCAAGCUUCAGGUUGCAACAGAGAAUAUAAUCAGUCAUUUGGUUAUUUGAAAAGUCCUGGCUGGCCUGACCGAUAUCCACGCAACUUGGAUUGUACAAUUAUUCUACGAUCCCCAAUAAAUCAUACCAUCUCUCUCUUUUUCAGUUCCUUUAAUUUAGAGGAAAUUGGGUGUCAAAAUGACUACUUAGAGGUCAGAAAUGGUAGUGAUACAAGCUCACCACUGUUUGGCAAAUAUUGUGGAAAUACUUUACCCAAUCCUAUAUUUCCUAAAAACCAUGUUGUAUAUCUACACUUCAAAAGUGAUGUCCUACUUUCCUAUGAAGGAUAUGAAAUUACUUGGACUUCAUCACCAACUGCCUGUGGUGGUAUCUUAUAUGGCGAGUCGGGUUCAGUAGCCAGUCCAGAAUACCCAGCUUCUUACCAGAAUCAGACUGAUUGCGAAUGGACAAUUAAAGCUCCGAAAGGAAGGAUCGUUACUGUUCAUUUUACUCUUAUCAGCAUUGAUGAUCCUGGCAACUGUAUUAGCAACUACCUGAAACUCUAUAACGGACCUGACAGUAGUUAUCCAUCCAUUGGACCAUACUGUGGAUUGGACACAAACAUUGCUCCAUUUACAGCAACAUCAAAUCAAGUAUUCAUCAAAUUCCAUGCAGAUUUUGUAACUCAUCCAUCAGGAUUUAGGCUGACCUGGACCAGCUGACAUAAUUCUCCCAUGGAAACACUCAGCACUUUCUGUUCUGAAGAGACUUCCCAGAAUACGAGUUUGUUCAUGUUAAUAAAAAAAUGA